GGGCUCUCUUAACUAUAAUGGAAAGAAGCCCGACUUUGUUUCAUAAAUGGGCCAACAUGAAAGCCCACUAACUCCGCUAAAGAAUAAAUAAACAAGCAGCAACGUGGCGUCUAAAACCAGCUCCACGACAUUUGUACGAGAAUGAAUAUUUGUCUGACUCGUUCCAGCCUGUAAACGGUAAUCAUCGUCCGUACAGGUUAAAGUGACGGAUUAAAAGUUUAAAAUGACGGAUACGCCCAUCCGCUCCACAUCAUGACGAGGGCAAAACCGGAACUUAAACUUUAUUAAUUAGACGACACCUCUUGACACGCUCACUCUCUGUCACUUCUUUCUUCAACAAAGGGAGGUUUUUUCAUUUUGUUUUUGAAAAUGGCGGCCAUGAGAUACAAGGGAAGCCUUCUCAUCACAAUCAUCUUCUUCUUCUCCGUCUUCCUUCUUCAAUGCCCACUUGCUCACUCUUCUUCUACAAAAUCGUUCUUUUGGUUAGGAGAAACGGAAGAUAUGAACGCCAUGAAAAAGGAGAAGGAGAUUGAUGUUGGAUCCGCUUAUGAUGUUGAAGAAAGACGAGUUCCCACUGGAUCCGACCCUCUCCAUCAUAACCAUGUUCCCUUUACUUCUCCAUAGAUUACAUCUGCUGUUUUUCCCGUAGUUCACUUAUAAGUUUGUAACACGUUUUACAGUUUCCAGGUCCUGGGUUUUGUUUGUCCGAAUGUUACCUUAUUUUCAGGGUUUUUGAAUUGAUUAGCUUUGUUAGUGUAUAUAAUCUCAAUUGAAUAAACGCAUGAAACAGUUUUGUCAUCUUCUAAUAAAAUACUAUUGUGAAAAAUAAAAAACAGUUUAGUACAAUUUUAGUUUUCACUGGCUGAAGACUGCAACCUAGUCUGUUCUGUUUUUUUUUAAGAAUCAUUACAUUGAUGAACAAUAAAAUAAAAGAUGUUAAAUAAAUUCUCAUGCAAAUUUGUGAAAAAAAACUUUAUAUAUUUAUAGUAACUUGCAACAUACAUUUGUGGAUUAAAUUACAUAACACAAACCACCUAACAAACUAAACAUCUAAACACAACCCUUACAGCUAAUUCCAUAACAAUUUUCUUAUUUUUCUUCCACAUUACUUAAAGGAGCUUUUUUUAAGUAUAUAUUUCUUCAAGUUUGUAAACUGAAGUACACAUUGUAUGUUUCAUCUCUUAAGCUGAACAAU